AUGGCCCCCCCGCCGCUGUCACCCCUGGCCACCAGCACUCCACUCCUGCACGGCGAGUUUGGCUCCUACCCAGCCCGAGGCCCGCGCUUUGCCCUCACCCUCACUCCGCAGGCUCUGCACAUCCAGCGGCUGCGCCCGAAGCCCGAAGCCAGGCCCCGGGGCGGCCUGGUCCUGCUGGCCGAGGUCUCGGGCUGCUGCACCCUGCGCAGCCGCAGCCCCUCGGACUCGGCGGCCUACCUCUGCAUCUACACUUACCCCCGGGGCCGGCGCGGGGGCCGGCGCAGAGCCACGCGCACCUUCGGGGCCGAUGGGGCGGCCACCUACGAGGAGAACCGGGCCGAGGUGCAGCGCUGGGCCACGGUCCUCACGUGUCUGCUCCGUGGGCUGCAGCUGCCUGGGAACGGGGAAAUCACCUCCCACCUUCUGCCAAGGCCACCCCGGUUACUUCUAUUGGUCAAUCCCUUCGGUGGGAGGGGCCUGGCCUGGCAGUUGUGUAAGAACCACGUGCUGCCCAUGAUCUCCGAAGCGGGGCUGUCCUUCAACCUCAUCCAGACAGAACGACAGAACCACGCUCGGGAGCUGGUCCAGGGACUGAGCCUGAGCGAGUGGGACGGCAUCGUCACAGUCUCGGGAGAUGGGCUGCUGUAUGAGGUGCUGAAUGGACUCCUGGAUCGCCCUGACUGGGAAGAGGCUAUGAAGACGCCUGUGGGCAUCCUCCCCUGUGGCUCCGGCAACGCCCUGGCUGGAGCCGUGAACCAGCAUGGGGGGUUUGAGCAGGCCCUGGGCAUUGACCUGCUGCUCAAUUGCUCGCUGCUGCUCUGCCGGGGUGGCUGCCGCCCGCUGGACCUCCUCUCUGUGACCCUGGCCUCGGGCUCCCGCUGCUUCUCCUUCCUGUCUGUGGCCUGGGGCUUCGUGUCAGACGUGGACAUCCAGAGCGAGCGCUUCAGGGCCCUGGGCAGUGCCCGCUUCACACUAGGCACCGUGCUGGGCCUUGCCACACUGCACACCUACCGUGGACGCAUCUCCUACCUGCCUGCCACUGUGGAGCCUGCCUCACCCGCCCCUGCCCAGGGCCUGCCCCGUGCCAAAUCAGAGCUGACCCUGGCCCCCGUCCCAGCUCGAACCGUGGCCCACUCACCCCUUCAUCGCUCUGUAUCUGACCUGCCCCUGUCCCUGCCUCAGCCUGUCCUGACCUCCCCCGACUCGCCCGAACCCAUACCCGUCCUGUCACUCAACGGUGGAGGCCCGGAGCUGGCCAGGGACUGGGGCGGGGCUGGGGACCCUCCACUGUCCCCAGACCCACUGCUGCCCUCGCCCCCUGGCUCCCCCAGAUCAGCCCUACUCUCACCCAUCACCGAGGGCGGACCAGAAGUGCCAUCAUCCCCUGGGCUACUGCCUCCCACCCCUGAUGGUGACCCGGUAGUCCUCUCUACUGGGGGCCCACCAGACCACCUGCUUCCCCCUCUGGGUACCCCACUCCCCCCAGGCUGGGUGACGCUGGAGGGGGACUUUGUGCUCAUGUUGGCCAUCUCCCCCAGCCACCUGGGGGCCGACCUCGUGGCGGUUCCCCACGCGCGCUUCGAUGACGGCCUGGUGCACCUGUGCUGGGUGCGCGGCGGCAUCUCGCGGGCCGCGCUGCUGCGCCUUUUCCUGGCCAUGGAGCGAGGCAGCCACUUCAGCCUGGGCUGCCCGCAGCUGGGCUACGCCGCAGCCCGUGCCUUUCGCCUCGAGCCGCUCACUCCUCGCGGGGUGCUCACGGUGGACGGGGAGCAGGUGGAGUACGGGCCCCUGCAGGCUCAGGUGCAUCCGGGCCUCGGUACGCUGCUCACGGGGCCUCCAGGCCGCCCUGGGCGAGAGCCCUGA